UGUAGCAAUUUAGAGGAGGCGCGUGCUGGAAAUCCCACAAUCAGCAAGGAGCAAAGCAAAAGCACGCGGUCUCGAAUGUAAUCCAACAUAGACUCAGACACUGAACACACCAUUCCUCCUGCUUCUAAUAAACCGUGCAAGCUUCAGCUGUUAACGAAGCGGGAAGAAAGAGACCAUGUGAACGCGUCUCGCAGAAUAUCUUCGUGCAGGAACGACUGAAAGUUUAGGGUCUGAGCAAGGAAUGUCUACGGAGAAGCCUGACGCUCCCAUGUAUGUGUAUGAGUCGACGGUGCAUUGUGCCAACAUCCUCCUGUGCCUGAAUGAACAGCGGAAGCAGGACGUCCUGUGUGAUGUGACAGUACUGGUGGAGGGGAGGGAGAUCCGUGCCCACAAGGCAGUGCUGGCAGCUUGUAGCCAGUAUUUCUCCCUGCUGCUCAGGGGCCAGACGGAACAUGAGCCGGUCAUCAACCUGCCACAGAAGAUUACGGAGAAAGGCUUUGCCCCGCUGUUGCAGUUUGCUUACACAGCCAAGCUGCUACUCAACAGGGACAACAUCCAGGAUGUCAUGUGCUGUGCGGAAUUCCUGGGGAUGCACAACCUCGAAGACUCCUGCUUCCACUUCCUACAAGCCCAGAUGAAAGGUGAGGUUGAUGGCAUGCACACCAGCCAGAGUCCCCCAUUAGAGGACGGAAACGUGCGACCGAGUGACUCCAAACCUCCACUGUUCGGAUCAAGGCUGCACCCUGAAACUGAGCAAUUGAAAGUCACAGACAACCUCCAUCUUCCAACCUUCGACCUCCCUCGUUAUCCCAAAUAUAGAAAGUACCACCAGGUUCAUGCUAAGCACAACUCAACCACCUCCUCACACAGCAGUACCUCAAGCUUUCUUGGCUCCUUGCAGGAUACCGUCGCCAGCAGCAAUGCCCGGAGCCUGGAUCUUUCAAAGGUGAAGGCAGAGCCAGCCAGUGGAGAAGUUUGUGUACCACUGGAAUUGCCUGAGUUGGAGCAGGAUGGUCUGGGUAGGGGUAAAGUUUGUGAGCUUGAGAUGGACAUGGAAAUGGAGUUUGAGGGAAGGCAACAUAGUUCAACACCAAUUGAAUUGCCUGUGAGCAAAAGUUCACCAGUGUGCCUGCGCUCCCUUGUUAAAAAGGAAGUCACUUCUUCUAAUCAUUAUCUUACCACUGAUCUGCAACCCGCCAGCAAAUCCUCUCCGUUUCGAGAACAAGUUGCUCUGGGUGACUUCCAAAAGAAUUAUCAGGCUUUUGUUGGGGGACUUGAUGUGAUGUCUUCAAAGAAGGCUGAGAAAUUAACUGAUGGGGUGUCAUUUUCCUUUGAGAGGACCUGUUCGCAGGAAGCUGAACAGGAGAACGACCGAAAAAGCGUCAUCUUUUCCUCUCGGACCUCCCACCAUCUGGUGGCACCUGCGCACUCUUAUCCUGGUGAGAGCUGUUUGGGACAGGAAACCCCGGAAGACCUAUGGGCAGGUUCCAGCCAGUCAUUCCCCUGCUCCCAAACACUGUCCCCUACUUCUGUCUCCCAAGAGCCCCCAUUGCCCUACCGCCGGCACCUAAAGAGCAGCUGUCCGGUGCCCAUUAAAAUGUGUCCACGCUCGUCUCGUGCCGACAUUCACAUCAGAACCUCCAGCUCUUGCUCUUCCUACUCCUACGCUGAGGAUGGCAGUGGAGGAUCUCCUUCCAGCCUGCCCCAGUUUGAGCUCUCUACCUCUCCUUGUUCCACCAUGGCGCGAUGCCUGGCGCUCGAACACCGGGAGAAUAGCACUUCGGGGACACCAAAGAUCAAGUGCGAGAAGUCAUAUGACACUAACUCCAGUGAUGAAUCUGGAUCUUUUUCUGAUGGGGAUAGCGAAUUGUUUCCCACCAAAGAGCGCAGACAAGAGGUGAAACUGCCUUUCUCAGUCGACCAGAUCACAGAGCUUCCACGCAACGACUUUCAGCUGAUGAUAAAGAUGCACAAACUGACCACGGAUCAGCUAGACUUCAUCCACGACAUGAGACGGCGAGGUAAAAACCGAGUCGCAGCUCAGCGCUGCAGGAAAAGAAAGCUGGACUGCAUCCAGAACCUGGAGCGUGAGAUUCACAAACUGGUCUGCGAGAGACAGAAGCUCCUAACCGAACGCAGCCAUUUGAAAACCUGCAUGGGGGAGCUGUGGGAAAACUUCUCCUUUCUGUCUCAGGAGGUCGGCAGGGAGGAACAACUGAGUCCGGAUCAGUCUCUAUCUCUGUAUGGUCUGCAACAAGACCCAGUUUUAUCCGGUUCGACCGGUACAGACCGUAGAAUCUGUCCCAGUCCCACCAGUAUAGACAUCACCCUCACCUCACAUGGCAAAGUGGUGUCGUCCCCUGACGGUCACACCAUAGUUGAACCUUCACACCCACACCUCAGAGUGGACCGAGAGGCUGUGCCGCCCCAGGUGAGGUCGGAGCCCUCCCAGACGGGCAGCUCAAGUGUGACAUUUGAUUUUUGCCAAGAAAUGACUGUGAAGUGUACGACAGAAGAGCUCAUUGAGAGGAACUGAGUCUGGUAAACUGCAUUUUGAGUAUUGGGUCAAUACGUGUUAAUGUUACUUUUUUUUAUUUUAGUGUUUUGCUAAUGUUGUUUUAUAUAUAUAUAAUUUUUUUUUCAUUUUAGGGAACUGUUCUGUUUACAUGGUGCACCUCAUGUGUUUUUGCUUGUGCGUGCACAUGGAUGUGUUCUCAUACAUACUGUAUAGGAUGCUAAAAUAAUAAUUUCUUUUUUGAUUAUUACUUUCGUUUCAUUCAUAUAUAUAUAUAUAUAUAUAGUUCUCAGAUUUAUCUCAGGAAUUUCAAACUUAGUUUUGGUGGCAAGGCAACUUCAAAUCAAGCAGAAUAUGCAAAUAUAAUAUCGAGUGUUUGACGUUUGUCUUGUACCUAUUGUGCGUUCAAGCAUUCCUAAUGUGCAUAAAGAAAAAACUAAAUUGAAUAACAGAGAAACUAAACAGCUUCUCGCCUGAAUUUGCAAUCAAUCUGUUUUUCAGCACUGAGAAAUGAACAUCGGAUCUUUCUUUCUCUGCAAAAUUUCAGAAUAGAUCAUGAAGCAAUCCAGUCAGGAUUGACGAUUAGCUGCCUAUAUAUGAUUGUCCCCUCAAAUAUUUUGUGAUGAGGCACCAUUUGAUACGGUCCAGAUUUUUUCUACAGAUUUUUUCGAAGCUCAGUUUUCUAGACUGUUGAUAUGUUUGAUCAGGGAUGUCUGUUGUGUAUAAAACUCUCCAAGUGUACAUAAAACGUAAAUGAAUCAUUCUGACCUUGUACAUUUUGGCAGCUCACAUUUUGAUCUCUCUGAUCUGUUUUAAUUCCUUCAGGGUGUUAGGCACAUUAUCGUUUGACUGUUGUCAGAUAUCAAAGCAAAUCAAUAUUAUUUUUCUCUCUUAUGUUUUGGUUAGAUAUUUUUAGUAGGGUGGACCUUUUAUUAUUUUUUAAAUGUUAAACUUGUACACUUAACCACACUCCACUCCCGGGGUUCAAUUAUUGAAUGUUUUCGCCGUUAAAAGAUUCCCAUACAGUCCCUCCUUUAAAUCAGUGUAAUUAUAACACUUUUACACGUUUGAUUUAAUAACAUGAGGUGAAAGUUCAAGCCUUAAGGUGACAACAGUUGGAAAAAUCUCAUUGCUUCGUUACAUUGUUGUUGCUUUAAGUGACUUGCAUCUAUAUCGUCACAAUGUUAUAGUUCAAAGGUGAGUUUUAAUUAAGUCUAUUUACUUCAAAUUAUUGUGAACUGCAUGAAUAUGUGAUUAAAGCAGAUUUUUUUUAAGUAUUUUGUUUGUACCAAAAGUUUUGGGAUUCUGAUCGAACAUGUCACAUGUUAGCUUAAGUCUGUAUUGGGAAAAAAUCAAAUAGAUUUGACCCUUAAAAAAAUCUCAUAUUGUCAUGUGGGUUCAUUUUUGUACCAUAAACGAUGACGCUCAAAUAAUUGACUAACAAGAUUUCAAAUAUUGCUUCAUAAUGUUUACAAAUUACCAGAUUAAAUUUUUAAAAAUUCUGUGCAUAUUCAGAUUUUGUUUUAAAUUAUAUAU